AUGCGCUAUAAUUGCUUUGGAAUUCUUGAUAUGUGCAAAGGAAAUGAUCGUCUUGGACAGAAAGAAGCUGAAGAGAUUUGCACAGACAAUGUGAGUGUCUUUUCGUAUAACUCAUUAAGAUCAGCCACAGAUAGUUUCCAUCCAUCAAACAGAAUCGGAGGCGGUGGCUUUGGAGUUGUCUUCAGGGGAGUAUUGAGAGAUGGAACACAAGUAGCUGUGAAAUCACUUUCAGCAGAAUCUAAACAAGGGACACGCGAGUUCUUGACCGAGAUUAAUUUGAUAUCAAACAUUCAUCAUCCUAACCUUGUUAAGCUCAUUGGCUGCUGCAUCGAAGGGAACAGUCGGAUUCUUGUCUAUGAGUACCUUGAGAACAAUAGCCUUUCUAGUGUUUUGCUUGGUUCGAGGAGUAAAUAUGUCCCGCUGGAUUGGUCCAAAAGAGCUGCAAUUUGCAUUGGGACAGCUUCGGGUUUAGCUUUCCUUCACGAGGAGGUCGAGCCUCAGGUUGUUCACCGUGACAUCAAGGCGAGUAAUAUUUUACUAGACCGAAACUUUACUCCCAAGAUUGGAGAUUUCGGAUUGGCAAAGCUUUUUCCAGACAAUGUCACUCAUGUCAGUACUCGAGUCGCUGGAACUGUGGGAUACUUGGCCCCGGAAUAUGCACUUCUUGGUCAAUUGACGAAAAAAGCGGAUGUUUACAGCUUCGGGAUACUUGUGCUUGAGGUCAUAAGCGGUGGUAGUAGCAGCAGAGGCGCCUUUGGAGACGAGUACUUGGUUCUGGUUGAAUGGGUAUGGAAGCUGAGAGAAGAAGGGAGGCUACUAGAGUGCGUGGAUCCGGAUCUAACCAAGUUUCCGGCAGAUGAAGUGACCCGGUUCAUCAAGGUGGCUCUUUUCUGCACUCAAGCAGCAGCGCAGAAGAGACCAAACAUGAAGCAAGUGGUGGAAAUGCUUUGCAGGAAAGAGAUAAACCUCAACGAGUCUGCCUUAACGGAGCCUGGUGUCUACAGAGGUGUCAACAGAGGACGCAACCACCGUGGCCUCGGUCUUAGAGGCGGCCAAGGCGGCAGCUCACAGGAGACCUCGUCAACGCAACGUUACAAAGGGAAAAGCUCAGCCGUUCCUCAAGGAUCGUCGUCGAACUCUAUUAUUUCCUUUCAGAGCAUCACAGAGAUGGUUCCUAGAUGA